CGGCCUCGCCACGAUCGAGACACAAGGCCAGUGCUCUGACCGAGGGUCCGGCUGGAACCAGUAAGGAGGUGGACGGGGGUCCGGGCCCCUCGCAGCCUGCAGGCGACCGCACUCCCUCUCGCCCGGUGACCUCGGAGCAGGAGAAACCCGACCACGCCGACCGCCCACAUCCCAGCAUGAGCCAUGAGCCAAAGUCACCAUCAUUAGGAAUGAUCUCCACGGCAACCCGUACCACGGCGACGGUCAGCCCCCUCACCCCGUCACCUCUCAACGGUUCUAUUGUAGCCAAUGGGAGCCCGGCUGCACAGUCUUCUCACUCCGGAUUCGCUGCAGCUCUCCGUAAACUGGCAAAACAGGCUGAAGAACCUCGAGCUGCGUCCUCCAUCAGCAGCGAGUCCUCUCCAGUGUCCUCCCCGGCCACCAACCACAGCUCUCCAGUCAGCACCCCCAAGAGGGGCCCCCUCGGUCAGGGGCCGAUCCUGGGACCCCCAGCGGGCCACAGCGUGCCAAACACCCCACCUGUAGUCACCAUUGCUCCCACCAAGACCAGCAACGGCCUCUGGAGGAACGAGGGACGCCAGUCUGACUCGGGGCCUCGUGGGGCCAGCAGGGACCGUUUGAGUGCCGAGGGGACCCUCACCCAGGAGAAGGGUGGCCCCUCUAUCCCUGCCCACCUCCUGGGAAACCCCUAUGCCUUCGGUCUCACCCCCGGUGCUGUCAUGCAGGAUUCACGAUUCCAGCCCCUCAAUAUGCCCAGACAGAUGUCUAACGCCGGACCCCCUGGUCCUAUACCAGAAGAGUAUCUCCGUGGCUUCCGGCCCUACGCCACGGCCGAGGAUGCCCUCCGCAUGCCCUCGUUGCCCCUCGGCCUGGACCCCGCCACUGCAGCCGCCGCAGCUGCCUACUAUCACCCCAGCUACCUGCCCCACCCCUCCUUCACACCAUACAGGAUGGAUGACCCAUUCUGCCUUUCUGCUAUGAGGUCACCUUUCUAUCAGCUGCCAGCAGGGGGAGCUCUGCCCCCCAUGCAUCCCUCUGCUGUUCACAUGCACCUGCAAGGGGUCCGCUACCCCGGAGAUUUCACACACCCUUCACUGUCAGCACUGCAGUCAGAGAGGCUUCACCUGGAGGAUGAGCUGCGGCAUAGAGAGAGGGACCGCGAACGGGAGCGCGAAAAGGAAAGGGAGCGCGAGUCGGAGAGGGAGAAGGAGCGGGAGAGAGAACGAGAGAGGGAGCGGGAGAAGGAGCUGGAGAGGGAGAGGGAGAGAGAGCGGGAGCGAGAAAGGGAUCGUGAGAGGGAACGGGAGAAGGAGAGAGAAAGGGAGAAGGAGCUGGAGAGGCAGAAGGAGCGAGCGCUGAGGGAGAAGGAGCUGCAGGCGUCCAAGGCCAUGGAGAGCCACUACCUGGCCGAGCUCCACGCCAUCAGGGGGCAGGAGGACCGAACCAAGCCUGAGAGACUCACCCCGAAUCGGGCUGAUAAAACCAAAGAGCCCGCCCUCCCUGCUCCCAAACCCGUCCCGCCAGGCCUCCACCCUUCAAUGGUUCAAUCGCAUCAUCCCGUCCCCGGUUUAAUCUCCGGCCACGGACUCUUCAUGGGACCCGGCGCUGUCGGAACGGGCCUCUCGGCCGCCCUGCUCGCUCAGAGAAACAACGAGGAGGAGAGGUGGUUGGCGCGGCAACGCAAGCUGCGGCAGGAGAAGGAGGAUCGUCAGUACCAGGUGUCUGAGUUUCGUCAGCAGGUUCUGGAGCAGCACUUGGACUUGGGCCGGCCGGCUGACGCAGCAGACGCACACAGAUCCAUAACAAAUCACCAUGAACCAGGAAGCCGGGACCUGCACGCUCACUUAGGUGCCCCUCCUCCCCUCAUCUCCCCCAAACCUCCACAACCACCGGGCGAACACCACCGUCCACCUCCCACCACCCUGUGGAACCCCGCAUCUCUCAUAGAAACAACCUCAGAUUCCAGACGGAACCACGAGCCCUCAGGGAUGGGACACUACGAGCUCAGUCGGCUGCCCCCGGGCCUCUCCAAAUUUGAGGACGGAGCCCGUAGGAGAGACGGGGCAGCAAUGGAGAAGUACACCCAAAUGAGAGGUCCUCCGGGCCUGACAGAGCCCAGCACAUUCCUUGCUGAUCUGGAGAAAUCCACACAGUCCUUCUUCAGCCAGCAGAGGUCAUCGCUGUCGCUGUCCAGCCAGUACGAGCUGGAGGGAGCUGUGAAAGGCAACGCUGGACAAAAGAGCUUUCAGGGACACCCAGGGCACAGUAGACACGGACAAGGGCUAGGACAAAUCACCGGGUCAGGGACGGGACAGGUAGCUACACCGGGAACGGGCCCAGAAACCACGCUGAUCUACGAUGAGUACCUUCAGCAGCACCGGCGGCCAAUCAGCAAGCUGGACCUGGAGGAGAAGAGGAGAAGGGAGGCGAGAGACAAAGGUUAUUACUAUGAGCUGGAUGACUCGUAUGAUGAGAGUGAUGAAGAGGAGGUGAAAGCCCAUCUCAGGAGAGUGGCAGAGCAGCCCCCCCUCAAACUGGAUGACUCCAGCGAGAAAGUGGGCUUUUUGGGAGUGUUCGGCCUGACCACGGCGGGCCGGCGGGACGAGCUGGUGCAGCAGAAGAAACGGAAGAGGAGGAGGAUGCUCAGGGAGCGCAGCCCCUCUCCACCUGCAUCGCAAUCAAAACGCACUCCUCCUCCCCCCCAACUCAGCACGCGCUUCACCCCGGAGGAGAUGGACCGAGCGCCAGAGCUGGAGGACAAGAAGCGGUUCCUCACCAUGUUCAAAUUGUCCCAUGUCACUGUGCAGCAGAGAAAAGAUAAUGAAAAAGUGGUGGAGCUGCUUCAUGCCAUUAAAGAAAAGAGUGUAACCCUUGAUACCAUCAGACAUGCCACUCAUCCACUGUGUAAGAGCCCCUCAGCUCAGAUCACAGAUUCUACCUUUGCCCAGCCUCCCUCUGAAUCAGAGGACCUCAACAACGUCAGACCACACAGCCCCUCCUCGCAUUGCCCAGCGUCCCCCAGUGGCCACCCGAAACCCCUCGGGGACACAUUAAGACCAAAGGAACCCCCUUCUCCAGCUGUCUACCCAGACAAGGCCCGGGGGCCCAGCGAAGCACCAACCUCUAAGAGGAGCUCCAGUCUGCUCAACAGCUUGCGGCCCGCGCUCCCCCACCAGGCGAAGGAGGUUCAUCACAGCAUCAACGGACGCACCAAACCCUGGGACAGCUUCACCCCGGAAGAGUUUGCUCAGCAAUUCCAUGAUUCUGUGCUUCAGUCCACUCAGAAGUCGCUGCAGAAACACAAAGGUGGAGCCCCAGGGAUGUCGGAGUCGUCCCACCUCCAGGAGUCGUCCGUUCACUACAACAUUCCAGAGCUGCAGAGCGCCCCUGGCCGACCGCCACCACCGCCACCGCCACACUCACAGGCUCACUCCAAUGCACAUCCAUUUCCACAUCCGCUCUCGCACCCUCACCUUCAACCCAACGGGCAGCACUUCUCAGUGCCGCUGCAGCGGGAGGCGCCGGGAGCGAGAGAAGACCUCUCUGGUCCAGAGGACUCUGAGGAAGAGGAGGAUGAGGAGGAAGAGGAGGCUCCUGCCUCCAAGUGGCGGGGAAUUGAAUCUAUAUUUGAAGCUUAUCAGGAAUAUGUAGAAGAGCAAAGUCUGGAGCGGCAAGUGUUGCAGAGCCAGUGUCGAAGACUAGAAGCUCACAACUACAACCUCAGUCUGACUGCUGAGCAGCUGUCUCAUAGCAUGGGGGAGCUGAUGACCCAGAGACAGAAGUUGGCUUUGGAGCGGGAGAAGUUACAAACAGAGCUGGAGCACUUCAGGAAGUGUUUAACGCUGCCACAGACACACUGGCCGAGAGGCGGCCAUUACAAAGGCUACCCUCCCAGGUGACCCCGACACGCCGACCUGAUGGCGCCCGGGCCGCGGCCACCUCCCUUUUCAGACUUGACACCCAGAGUUUAUUUUUCAUAGCCUGGUACGCGUGGCUCUGCAGAGGAGAGCGUGGCAGGCUAGAUAAGAUGAGUGAAUGAGCGGAGUGAAUGGAUUGAUGAAUGCACAGGAGACGGGAACAUUCAGUGAAGGGCAGGCAGUCUUUGGAUCGUGGCCAGCCAGGGCCGGCGCCACAAGCCACCAAACGUGUGCCAAUGUAGCCAACCCCCUGUGAUCAGCGUGAGUUCCGGGGGCAGGAGUACCUGCAGCUCAACACAAACACACAUGCACCUGCUUCUCACACACUCUUCGGUCCCUGCGGCUCUAUUGUUCGGUCCCUGCCUCCCUCACUGCCACAUCUACAGACAAUCCUGCCAAUGAGGGAGCAGCUGCCCCAGGAGGGGCGUCGUCAACAGACGCCCAAACGAAGGCUCCUGGCCAGUCGGGACGGAUUUUCAUCACAGCGGCCACAUGAGCUUUUGAACUGGAAAUGCACUUACGAAUAAAAACGCUGAAGAACUA